AUGUUGGUCGCUACGAGUGGACCGUCGUUAGCAGGGCCGGGUGGAUCGGAUGCAUCCGAGAAUGGACAACAAGAUGGAAAAGAUGAGCGUCGGCCUCCCUACACGAUGCAUGGCGUGUUGCACUUCGUUCAACACGAGUGGGGCCGCUACGAGAUGGAACGAGCAAAAUGGGAGAUGGAACGCGCCGAGCUGCAGGCUCGAAUCUCAUUUCUACAAGGCGAGCGCAAAGGCCAGGAGAACCUCCGUCACGAUUUGGUGCGACGAAUCAAGAUGCUUGAGUACUGCUUGAAACAGGAGCGAGCCAAGUGCUACCGUUUGAGCCACAAUGGAGAAGAGCCACCCGAAAUGGACUACAGGGAUGAGGAAGAGGCUAACAAAGAUGCUCCUACUGCUACAGCCACCACGGAGGUCGAUCCCUUUCCUCCAAAUCUUCACGGAUUCAAAGCCGGCCGCCUUCUACUUAAACAAUAUUUGGAGGAAAUCGGCUACUCAGAGGCAGUGAUGGAUGUCCGCGCGUUCCGAAUGAAAAAUCUCGUCAACUUGAUGCAACAAACAGACGAAGACGCAGAUGUAAAACGGAAAAAGGCAAAGGAGAGGAGUGACAGUGACUCGGACAACGAUGAACAACGCCAGGAGUUGGAUAUGGAGACGGCCGAUGCAUUGCACGAGUUCAACUUUCUUGAGAAGAGUGACGACAAUUGGGAUGGGAAUGUGAAUGCUGGGCAGUUGGAGGCGAAAAUUGAACGCUACAGGAAUGAGAAGCGCUCAAAGCGAAACUCGGGUGGAAGCGGAGGGCCGAACGAUGAAACAAGGGGAUCCAAGGACUUCAAUGACCAAUCAAUUGAAGAACUAGAUGGACACCAUAGUGAGAAGCUAGCCUUCAAGGGAAAAAGCAAGGGCGAAUUCGCCGACAUCAACGAGGCCCUCGGAUUGGUCGAUGAUGCCAUUGAUAUCAAGGACAACUUUGCCGGAGAGGAUGACGAUAUGCGACAGACACCAAAGUGGAACCUCGCGUUGACGCUCCGAUCGCAUUUAGAUUCAGUUAGAGCCAUGCAGUUUCACCCAGUUGAGCCGGUUCUCUUCACCACAUCGGAGGACAGUACGUGCAAAAUGUGGAAUUUGGACAUGAAAACGAAGGAAGAUAAAUACGUGGAGAUCGAGCCGGCCUACACAUUCCGUGGCCAUUACGGACCAUCGCUGUGCUUGGACUUAUCGCCGACGGGAGAUCAUUUGUACACGGGUGGAUUUGAUGGCGUUAUUUGCUGCUGGAGCAUCCCGUUGAACAUCAGCGACGUCUACGACAAAUAUGAUUCGGCUGUGCUUGUUGAGCGCCUGGUUGGCCACACAGAUGCGGUUUGGUCGGUCGCCUAUCAUUCUUCGGAUACGCGCUUGGUUUCGGCGUCUGCCGACAAAACGAUUCGAGUUUGGGAGCCGGGCAUGUUCGGUGACUCGCCUCUCCUCAAGACGUAUACUGGCUGGGUGGAAAAUUCGACGCCAACAUCGCUCGAUUUUGUUUCAACGGAGACCCAACAACUGCUCACCGCGUUCAAGUCGAAUAUCGCCGGAAUCCUUGACAUCGAGACUGGACAAAACGUCGUGAAGUUUGACUUUGGCGAAGAUGCAACAAAUGGCUCCGAUGUGAACAAGAUUUUAUCGCAUCCAACAAUGCCCAUGACAAUCACUGGAGGAGAGGACAGGAAGCUGCGAUACUUUGACAACAGAACAGGCGAAUUGGUUCAUGCGGCUAUCGCUCAUGUGGAAUCGAUCUCAUCACUUGCGGUUGAUCCAAAUGGUCUCUACUUGCUCUCGGGAAGUCACGAUGGAUCACUACGACUAUGGAACAUGGAAAAGCGAGUCUGCUUGCAAGAAGUGGCAGCUCACCGAAAGAAGUUGGACGCCUCCGUGAACACCGUGGCUUUUCAUCCUUCUCGACCGUAUAUUGGAUCUGCUGGUGCCGAUGCCCUCGCCAAGGUUUUCACAACGUCUUCCAUAUCGUCAUCUGAU